AUGAAGGUGCACGAGACGAGAUCUCACGCUCACACGUCAGGGGACGAACAGAAGAGGGGAAAUUUGCGGAAGCACAAAGCAGAAGGGAAGCUUCCAGAAUCUGAGCAGUCUCACAAAAAGGCGAAGCCGGAGAACGAUAACGGUGCUGGAGAUGUUGCGUCAGAGUAUAACGAGUUUUGCAAAGCGGUUGAGGAAAAUCUGUCCAUCGAUCAGAUCAAAGAAGUUCUUGAAGCGAACGGUCAAGAAACUUCUGCUCCGGAAGAGGCUUUGCUAGCUCAAUGCCAAGAUUUACUGUUCUAUGGGGCGUUAGCUAAAUGUCCUUUAUGUGGAGGAGGAAAUUUGAUCUGCGACAGUGAGAAGAGAUUCAUAUGUGGAGGUGAGAUUAGUGAGUGGUGCAGUUGCGUGUAUAGCACGAAAAAUCCCCCUAGAACAGAGGAGCCAAUCAAACUUCCAGACUCUGUUAUGAACUCUGCUAUAUCUGAUUUGAUCAAGAAACACCAGGACCCAAAAAGUCGACCUAAAAGAGAGUUGACCUCUGACAAACCCUUCACGGGAAUGAUGAUCUCUCUCAUGGGACGUCUCACAAGAACACAUCAAUAUUGGAAGAAAAAGAUAGAGAGAUAUGGUGGGAAAGUCUCCAAUACAGUUCGAGGUGUAACGUGUUUGGUGGUUUCACCAGCUGAAAGAGAACGAGGUGGUUCUUCGAAACUGGUGGAAGCAAUGGAGCAAGGUCUACCAGUUGUAAGCGAAGCAUGGUUGAUGGACAGCGUGGAGAAGCAAGAAGCUCAGCCACUCGAAGCUUAUGAUGUGGUCACUGAUCUUUCAGUGGAAGGGAAAGGAAUCCCAUGGGAGAAGCAGGAUCCAAGCGAGGAGGCAAUUGAGUCCUUGUCUGCUGAGCUCAAAAUGUAUGGGAAAAGAGGAGUCUACAAGGACACAAAGCUUGAGGAGAGAGGAGGAAAGAUUCUGGAGAAAGAUGGGCUUUUGUAUAACUGUGCCUUUUCGAUAUGUGAUUUAGGAAAAGGGCGUAACGAGUAUUGUAUUAUGCAGUUAAUCACAGUACCCGAUAGUAACCUGAAUAUGUACUUCAAGAGAGGAAAAGUUGGUGAUGACCCUAAUGCUGAAGAGAGGCAAGAGGAAUGGGAGGACGAAGGAGAAGCCAUAAAAGAGUUUGAGAGGCUCUUUGAGGAGAUAACAGGGAAUGAGUUCGAGCCAUGGGAACGUGAGAAGAAGAUUCAGAAAAAGCCUCGCAAGUUCUUCCCAGUUGAUAUGGAUGAUGGAAUCGAAGUGAGAAGUGGGGCGCUUGGUCUAAGGCAGCUCGGCGUUGCUGCUGCUCAUUGCAAGCUUGAUUCCUUUGUUGCAAACUUUGUUAAAGUUCUGUGUGGUCAAGAGAUCUACAAAUAUGCGUUGAUGGAGCUUGGUUUGGAUCCGCCUGAUCUGCCUGUGGGAAUGCUAACUGAUAUCCACUUGAAACGAUGCGAGGAGGCACUUCUGGAGUUUGUUGAGAAGCUCAAGACAACGAAGGAGACGGGUCAGAAAGCUGAAGCAAUGUGGGCAGACUUCAGCUCACGGUGGUUCUCUUUGAUGCACACGACAAGGCCUAUGAGAUUGCAUGACGUCCAUGAACUCGCAGACCAUGCGGCGUCUGCUUUUGAGACCGUGAGGGAUAUAAACACAGCCUCUCGUUUGAUAGGAGACAUGCGAGGAGACACACUUGAUGACCCUUUGUCUGAUCGGUACAAGAAACUUGGAUGCAAGAUUUCUGUGGUGGACAAAGAGUCCGAAGAUUACAAGAUGGUUGUGAAAUACCUCGAGACUACUUAUGAGCCCGUGAAAGUCUCUGACGUUGAGUAUGGUGUCUCUGUGGAGAAUGUUUUUGCGGUUGAAUCAGAGGCGAUUCCUUCACUAGACGAUAUCAAGAAGUUACCAAACAAUGUCCUGUUAUGGUGUGGGUCUCGGAGCUCAAAUCUGUUGAGACACAUCUACAAAGGGUUCUUACCUGCCGUCUGCUCUCUUCCGGUCCCUGGUUAUAUGUUUGGGAGAGCGAUUGUGUGUUCAGAUGCAGCAGCAGAAGCGGCAAGGUACGGUUUCACUGCUGUAGAUAGACCGGAAGGUUUUCUUGUAUUAGCCGUGGCAUCACUUGGUGAGGAAGUUACAGAGUUCACAAGUCCACCAGAGGACACGAAGACACUGGAAGAUAAGAAGAUUGGAGUGAAAGGGUUAGGAAGGAAGAAGACUGAUGAAUCAGAGCAUUUCAUGUGGAGAGAUGACAUCAAGGUUCCUUGUGGACGAUUGGUUCCAUCAGAGCAUAAGGACAGUCCUCUUGAGUACAACGAGUACGCUGUGUAUGAUCCCAAACAGACGAGUAUAAGGUUCUUGGUGGAAGUGAAGUAUGAGGAGAAGGGAACUGAGGUCGUCGAUGUCGAACCAGAGUAG